UUAUGUUGGAGUAGGUCUUGUAGGGCUAGGGUUAAACAAGGAUUAAGACUCCCAGUCGAAAGGUAAUUGGGUUUGAUCCCCAAUGUCCACAGAACAUCUAUAGGCAUCCUUGAAAACAAUUUUCUUACCUAUAACUGCACCCAAAUGUCUUUUUGCAAGAAAUAAUUGAGCACUUUUUGCAAAAUGACUGACUCUCUCUCUCCUAUAUCAAUGACGUGUUUCUUUCUUGCCUCCCCAUGGUUCCCCUCCCCCCUCCCGAGGAAACCCUGAAUGACACAUGAUGGACGGUGACAUGAUCAACAACGCAUGUUUCCUUGGCAAAAAGGCCUUUCUUAUUUACCGAGUAUCUCUGCUCACUGGGGCAGAUAUUGCGUUUCACAGAUGAAAAGUACUCGAUGUACAGUCAUCCAUCAAGCCCAGUUUGAUUCUCUAAUGGGUUUCGGUUGGUACGUGGUCUGGAUUAGAGAAGUGGGCAUCGGACCAGAGUUUGUUGGGAAUGUGCUACUGAGCAAGGCAGCUUACUCUCCCCGACAUACUUCCCGGUAUAACAUGAUUGGACAAGGCCGGGAUCGGGGUUGAAAUGUUUGUGUUCGUUUUUCAGAGGGUAGCUUUGGUCUUUACCAAAACUGUCUGUAGUAGUCCCAGGUCAGAAACAAGUUAUAUUUAAGGAACAACUUCUAUGUAAGAAAUUAGAAUAACUUCCAAAUUGCACCACAAGUAGAUACUUAAAAUGGUUUGCACCUCUAACCUUUUGUAAAACCAUUUUUGCCGUUAAUUAACCCCACAGCAACAAAAACAUGGAAAAACAGCCAAUUAGUACCCGCGCCCAGGGUUGAUUGAGUGGUAAUGCCUGGCUCAGGUGUCCUGUUCAGAUCUAUGCCUUACUUCAGCUUUUUAUAGAGAUUUGAUAUUCCAAGAGUUAUUUGUCACGUCUCUCCAAGCCCCCAAAAUAAAUAGCAUGUCUCCCACUGUAGGGGGGCUGGGGGGAGUGGGGAGAGAGAGCCAAGUAAUGGUAUCAGGCAGUGUUGGUUGUGACCCCUCACCACCAACCACCCUCCCUCCUCCCAAGCUCCGUCAUGCCGAUGCGUGUGUGCGCUCCUGUUGCUCGUCUCCUGUCAGUCUGCUACUCUUGUUGCCCCCCCUUCUCUCCCCAGUCGUGUCAAAGCUGCUCAUUCCGUGGUUGUCGCUGACAUCUGCCAGUCAUUUGAAUGGAGACGGUUCCCUAUUAUCGCGCCGCCUAAACCAUGAUUGGUGCAGCUUGAGGGAGGCCCUUCAGCGAAGUAACAGCAGUCCCGACUAGGAAAUGCUAGCCGCUUUAUGUACUUGAGAAGCAGUUGGGGAGUCUAGUCCAGGUGACAGUUUUUUUUUGUCUGCAGAAGACAUGCCUGCAGAACUUUGCCAAAUCCCACAGGUGGGAGAAGCCACCGACUUGUCAAAGACCUUGAUGGAAAAUGCUGAUUUUGGUCUGAACGUCCUCAUGGAAUACGCAGAGCGGAAACCUGUCUAUGGAGAUAUGGUUCCAUCCGGCCUGGACUGUGCUCAAUGUUUCAGCAAUAAUGGACAUUUUCUCGAAAAUGAGAUUAAGCCUGAGAGCGCAUGGAAAGAAAAUGCCCAAAGCUUUGAGCAUAAUGUUGAACAAUUCAAUUUAGAGGGUAAACCUGAACAGUCUGAAGAUUUGGACUUAAAGGAGCCAUUUGAUGUUUUUGCUCAGCACUGUGGGUGUUGGACCUACCAGUGCUGCGCUAGUCGCAGCUUUGCAUAUGAAUGCAGGUCAUCUUGUGAACACUGUGCCGAACACUUCCAAUUAUCCCCGCAACGCGAGCCUCUUGAACAGUUUGACUCUUUCGACUCUGAGCCAGAGAUUGCCACAGUGAACGCUGAGGCUUUCGGACAAUGUGAACCAGUUGAUUGUAUUUCUGGCCAUAGUGAACAAUUGGACUUACCAAACCAACACAUGGUUUUGGGUCAACAAUUUACCUGCUUUGACACAGCAGGACAAGACUUGACUGAGGAUUUGGAACAAUGCCAAAAGUCUGCUGUUUUGAAUGAAAACUCUGCGGAGACUGGAGAUUCAUUUGACAGUGACACUGAAGUUUGUGAGUAUUAUGACGAGCAUGAAGAAACUGAAAGCUCAGAAGUUAUUGAUGAGCAAACAGAAGAUGAUGAGGAUUCGCCACUUAGCAAUGAAGAGUGUUCUAUAUUAUCAGAGGAGGUUAACUUAAUUCAUGCUGAAACACUGCUUCAAGACAGUUCUCAUGAAAGCACAGAUUACCUAUAUGAAGAUGAAGAUGAUGAUUAUGAUGAUAAUGAUGAUGAUGAUGAUGAUGAUGGAGGCCAGCUAGAUGAAAAAUGCAACCCUCAGGAUGUUGCUUACGAUGUAUCAAAUUAUGAAACAGAAAACUAUGGAGUGUCUGAUAACCACAGUCUCUGUUCUUCCAACGAUGAAAGUGGACACAUUGAAACUGAUUGUGACUCAGGAGAACACAUGUUUGUCCCGGAGUCUGACAUCAACCCUGAGGAAGAUGGUUACUCAGACUGCUCUGAAAACAGAUCAUUUGAGACUUGCUCCAAUGGGAGCGCUCGAUCAGAGUCCUGCUUGGAUUUAUCUGGAGGAUCUGAUAAAGGAGCCCAUGAAGAUUCUGGGGAUGAACAAAUCCAGUGGGAAUCAUUUGAUGGUGAUGAUGAAGAAGAAGAAGAAGACGACAACGAUGAUGUGGAUGACACCAAUACUGAUAUGGAACAAGCCAAGGAAAAUAAGGACGUUGACACCAACCUCUUUGACUUAUUUGACAGGGAAGACUACUAUGGACUCUCUUUUCUACAGAGGAAACCUUAUAUUUCUUGUUUUGAUGGCGGGGAUAUCCAUGAGCAUCUGUAUCGUGAAGAACCAAAACCUGUCGUGCAGAAAGUCAAAGCCAAAAGGGCGACUAGGCGUAGGAGAAUGAAGGAACGGGCAAUCAUUUCAGCUGACCGAUCCCCUGUUGAUGUACAGAACUCUGACAUUGAAGAGACCCUUCUCAGGGAUUCACCUAAAGACUCAAAUGCUACAGUAGAACAGGAAGUGCUAAAUGAAGAUCAAACUGUCAUUGUGGAUAAAAAUGAAUCUUGGGUCAGCAGCGAAAAGGAGGGAGAUGAUGAAACCGCCCGUGAAGAGGACUGGGAGUCGAGCGGUUAUGGAUAUGUCCCCAGCAAUGAGGAACAAGCUGAAGAGGAUGACAUGACUAGUCCUGUAUCUGUAAAUGACAAUAUGCAAGCACCAUGUGCGGAUGCCAUUUCUGUCGAAGGCGAUGCGUAUGAAGAUCGUGAAACUCCAACAUUUGUUUCUGCCUUUGUUGACGUUUUGGCCAUUGAUCCAUGCCAGGAAACCAGAGCUGAGGGCACAACGGCCACACAACAAGAGCUUCUCCAUAUACUUGACGGGAAUGAGAACGGUGGAGAACAAGAUGUUUUUAAUUUGUGUUCGGAAAGGGAGCCAUAUUGGGCAGAAGGCCAAAAUGGCUCAAAGGACUGCGAUGUUGAGGAUUACUAUGCAUAUCAAAUUAAAAGCAUGCGAUCAUCUAUUAAAAUAGCGGCCACACAAAGAACACAAGGCAAGAUGGUCCCAGAAACGGAUGAUUGCAGACAAGUGCUUCAGGGUGAAUCGGAAGAAGGAACCGAUGCAAUCCUCAAACAUGUUGAAAGUUUCCCUGUUCCGGAGGACAGCUCAAAUGGACUAAUCCUUGCUCAUCCCUCUGAGGCAGGUCCUCCUUUAAACCUAAUUCACAGCGUACUUCCUGAAGGUGUUAGAGCCGAGAGGAAGAAUAGCCUGGCUGUGGAAGAUGAGGAAAGUGAUCUUGAUGAAGUUGGUGAAGAUGAGCCUUGUGAAUGUGAAUACUGCAUUCCACCUGAAGAACAGGUUCCGACAAAGCCACUUCUUCCGCAGAUCAAGUCGAAGGACUCAGGGAAGAUCUGUGUGGUCAUUGACCUGGAUGAAACCCUGGUUCAUAGCUCAUUCAAGCCAGUGAACAAUGCUGAUUUUAUCAUUCCAGUGGAAAUCGAUGGAACAGUUCAUCAGGUUUAUGUGCUGAAAAGGCCGCACGUUGAUGAGUUCCUCAAGCGGAUGGGGGAGCUGUUUGAGUGUGUUCUGUUCACCGCCAGCUUAUCCAAGUAUGCAGACCCUGUGUCUGACCUUCUGGACAAGUGGGGUGCGUUCCGGGGUCGUCUCUUCCGGGAAUCGUGUGUCUUCCACCGGGGGAACUACGUCAAGGACCUCAGCCGGCUCGGCCGUGACCUCCACAAGGUCAUAAUCAUCGACAACUCUCCGGCCUCCUACGUCUUCCACCCUGACAAUGCUGUACCCGUAGCUUCCUGGUUCGACGACAUGUCGGACACUGAGCUCCUGGAUCUCAUCCCGUUCUUCGAGAGACUCAGCAAAGUGGACGACAUCUACGACAUUCUAAAGCAGCAGAGGACUACCAGCUAACAGAGAUCAGGAGAAAAACGUGGAAAGACCAGAAAUGCGAGGAAAGAUCGGUAAAGCACGAUCAAUCGGCAGACACCCUAAUCGCGGGGCCAUGGAGGCUGAUGGGACACUCACCCCUGCCUCUAAUGACAUCCUUUCCAUCUGAUAGGAAUCCGGUUCAGUCGAUCUUGCAUCAGUGUUUGUUUCCCUCUUUUUGUUAUGUAUGUUAAGGAAACAUGUAUUCAAGACUGAGCACAAGACCUAAAAGAUCACUUAAGGACAGCUAAUGCGUUGUGGGUGCAAAAUGCUUUUAACUCAAAGGCACAAAUGGCAGAUCCUCAACCUACAAAGGUAUUUAAUUAAUCACGUUUCCCAUACUGAACACCUUAAAGAUAUAGUUAUAUGUUAAUCUAAUCUAAUCCUGCCAGAAAAAAAAAAUAAUUUUGAUAAUUGUGUCCUAAAGGAACAAAACACUAUACGCCCUGAAUAUAGAUCGGCAUUCUGUGAACUGCUGUAAACAAAUGUGGCAGACAAGGCCACCUUAAGCUAAAGUUUGUUUGGUUUCAAGCCUUUAAUAUGAAGGGAGGUGUAAAGUGAGUUCAUUUCUCUUGCUUGUUGUACAAAAAAAACACGGUUAAUACUGCAAACUUGUUUACUUUUACCCUCUAUACCUAACUGCAACAGUUACGUUUUAGGGUAAACCCAGCAACACUGCAACAACUUGUUGUGUAUCAUGACCCUUAAAACUAGUGAUGUACGGUGUUGGUUUACAGAAAUUACCUACAGUCCACAAAACUUAAAACCAGCGCAGUAGGAUCUCAAUGGAUCACAACAAAAUACAAUCUCUGUAGCAGACCUUCCCGCUUGCAGACUGGACUGGCUGCAGUUCUCUCGCCAUCUGACCUUUGUAAUUUUCAUCUGAAUAAUACAAUUGUAUUGAUUUUUCUUUUUUCGAAAUAAAUGUCAUGUUUUGUAUGUUAUAUAGGCAAACCAAUUUUAACCAAGGAAUAGAAAAUGGACAAUCCAUUUGUAACUCAAAUUGAUGAACAUGUGUUUUUUAUGACUGUACUGCAUGAGAAGGGUUUGGUAAGUGACAGAUGACGGUUGGAUAAUGGACACUUGGGAUGCAUCCUAUCUAUAAACUUGAAUCGGUUUUGUAAUGGCGUCUAGUCCGCUACUGCUCACGUCCUUUUAACGGUCUGAUUCCGAUGGAAGAGUCCUGUUGCUCUCUUGGGGCCUCCCAUUCACUUUUACUCCAGAGUCGCUGGGUGCGUGCGUGUGUGUGUGUGUGUGUGGUGUUUUCGGCAUCAUUGUUGAAAACACGUUUUUGUUGAUACCAAGUAAAACCUUUAAUGCCAGGAAGCUAUUGUAACCCCUUUCUACUUUAGUUUUUGAAGAUAACGAUUUAAUCUCUUUUUUUUUUACUGUAUGCAACAAGAGUAUUAACGUUGACAGCCAAGUAAAGAUACUGGUGAAAUACAUAUUUGAUUGGUUUGUUAAAUUGAAAAUAACUAAACAAAACAUAUUUGUACCCUGUAUCAAUAAAGCAUGUUUUAUUGAGGCCAAUUGGCAAUACCAUAAUUGUUUCCAAAGACACUAAAGGGUCCAAGACAACAUAUGAAAUGAAAAAUAAAAUACACUUGGAAUAGACUUCAUAUGAAAACACAACAAAUUCACCCUUAAGUUCCACAUGCCCAUCCAGAAGACUCAUUUAAUACAACGUCCUAUUGAUAUCAUCCUCACUUUCAACCAAAAGUACCACCGUGUUUUGGCCCAGUGUAUUUACAUUUUACUAACCCUUCGUCUUCAAAGCAAGCUGUGCAGUCUUCAACAUCAAAACAACUAAACAAAUGUCAGACGAUGGUAAAUGGACAACAUUCAAUUCCCAAGGGAAAUUGCAUUGAUUAAAUUGUCACUAGUCAGGUUCACUUAAAAUUAUCUUUUAGUUCUUUAAACUUCAACUUCAAAGGACCUUUUAAAUACAGCCAAAGUAUUUAAAAUAUUUCAACAAACUUGAACCGUGCCAAAAAGGGAAGCAAAGCAGACUAUUACUGUAGAUGUAUACUAGGUGGAUGCUUUUAUCCAAAGCCAUGACCGCAUACAUUAUUUUUUCAGUCUGAAAUAUUAUCAUGAAAUCAUCUCAUCGCAGGUGUGUCACAUCAACUCUUAUGGAGCAGGUGAGCGGUUUACCAGAUCAGCCAAUAAGAGGGCAUGCAAAAGCAUUUGUUUAACCUAGAGAGUUAUUCAAACCAAUCUUCUGGGGUUUGGUUUUUCUUUUGAACCAGUUAUCGUUACAUUCCUCGACAAUGAUUGAUGAUUAAACGCAAACAGUUAUAUUGAUACAUCGGAGUUGCAGGGUUCGUAUAGAGCCGUUAGUGUUACCGUAGCAAUUCCUAUUGCAAACAUGAGAUGGCUCUUCAUUACAAUUAAGUUAGUUGAAAGUCUUGUCACACUAUUAAACAUACAAUAAUCUGAUGGACUUUGAUAUAUGUAUCUCAUGUAAACCUUGAAUUAAUUUAAAUCAUCUGCAUUUUAUUUUAACAGAUUAACGGACUAAUGGUACUGUAGGUAAGACUUAAGAGCUAUCAUUUGAGCGGAACUUGUUAGAAAUGCCAUAGCCAUAUGUCAGCUGUUGGUGAGUGACUGUGUGCCUGCUUUUACAAGAACGCUUUCAGACUGCUCCCGGGUAAUUUCUGGGUAUUUCGUCCAUGAUAGUAUCGAGGAAUCCAUCAUGCCUGCAAAUAACAUUCACUCACAGGUCAGUAACACCUUAAUGCAAGAGAAACAUAGAGAGGAAGGGAGCGGAGAGGGGUUGUGUUUUUUUGGUUUAGUUUCUAAAUCUUUCUAAAGCUUUUUUCCACUAUCUCUUUACAGCUUUCAAAUCUUAACUACAGCACCUAUAACCUCACAUACAUAUUUCAACAUUCAUAAUUUGCAUGUAUUCAACUGGCAGGUCUUUCUAUAUGCAAGUCUUUUUCAUCAAUAUACCGGUAAAUGGUUUUUUAUUGGAAUCUUUGUACUAUAGUGUUGGGUUUUCAAUGGUGCCCUUUUCGAGAUUUUCGAUUUUGUUGUUCUACAUCAAACUUUCAUGGAGGUUUGAAAAAUCACGACUAUUAUAAAAAGUUGAUGUGUUGUUAGGCCAUGGCUUGCAGCUAAAAAAAUGAUGACUUUAUUCACAUAUAGUAUACCUCAUCGCUCACAACAUUAUUCAACACCAUCAAGUCAGCUUUCAAUAAUAAUAUAAUAUAAUCCAUUUUGGAACCAAGGCACCUUACAGUAUAGUGUAUGAGUGCAUGCAUUUGCUUUUUAGUUUGUUUGCAUCUCUUGACUAUUGUCAGGUCAAAACAACCAGUGCACUGUAAGUUAAUCCUAUAGCUGGGCGAUGACACCCUGUCAAUCAGGGAUCACCUGUGAAAUGUAAGCAGAGAAGAAGAGUGUUAGAAAUAGAGACCGUCCAUCAGUGAACUUGGCAUUAGUUUAGUCAAAACGUACUCGAUACUGUAAGGUAUAGCUGCCCAACCUCUGUCCAAUAUAGGCCAAUGUUUGGGAAGGGAAGAAUGUGACCAUUUAUGAGGAUGAACACAACACACAUUUUGAGGAUACUUUUUAAAUAAAUUUGCAGUUUCAAUAGCUUUUAUUUUUAAUUCAUAUCAUAUCACUUUAUUUCCUAUCAUAUGCUGACCUUCUUAACACCUUUUCUAUUUCUAGUUCCUUUAUCUCCAUUUCCCUGCGGGGUGCCUCCUCCAUUUACACUUUAAUCAAGCCACUUUAUGAGUGACUAAAACCCGAUCCAGAUGAAUGAACUCAAUACUCUCUCAUUAAUAGGAAACCUUUAUACUGCUAAAUAUAGUUUAGCCUACUAUCAUUCAACU